CUUCCAUUCUUCCAAGUAUUUUCACCUUAACAGUUAUAGAGAGAGAAUGAGAGGUUUGCCUGAGGUUUCCCAAACAAUUUUAGAGAUAGAAACAAAAUUAAGAAAUUGUUUUUCAUUUUCUUUCUCUUUAAAUAAAACUUUCCACAAAUGGGCAUGUGCUACGAAUCAAGGACAAUCCCAAUUUGCUGCGAUUCACGCCAUUCUUCUCUCCACCUUUCUAAGCUCAGUUAAUUUCUAGGUUUAAUUAAUAAUUUGAAGUAAAUCAUCAAUCAAUUAGUGUAAGAUCAAUGGGAAGAGGAAAGAUCGUGAUUAGAAGGAUCGAUAAUUCAACGAGUAGACAAGUAACAUUUUCGAAACGAAGAAAUGGAUUGUUGAAGAAAGCAAAGGAACUCGCUAUUCUUUGCGAUGCUGAAGUUGGAGUUAUGAUCUUUUCCAGUACUGGAAAACUUUAUGAUUUCUCUAAUUCCAGUAUGAAAUCUGUGAUUGAACGAUACAACAAGACGAAAGAGGAGCAUCUACAACUUGCAAAUCCCAACUCUGAGGUCAAGUUUUGGCAAAGAGAAGCAACAAUGCUACAACAACAAUUAGAAAGUUUACAAGGAAACCACAGAAAAAUGAUGGGUGAAGAGCUGUCUGGUUUAAGUGUAAAAGAUUUACAGAAUUUGGAGAGCCAACUAGAGAUGAGUUUACGAGGGGUCCGCACAAAAAAGGAAGAGCUUUUACUGAGUGAAAUACAAGAACUUAGUCGAACGGGUAAUCUCAUUCAACAAGAAAAUCUCAAAUUACACAAAAAGUUGAAUCUAGUUCGUCAAGAAAACAUGGAGCUCCAAAAGAAGCUCUAUGGAUCAAGUGAAGUAAAUGGCGCAAACAGGAGUUCUUUUCUCGCCAAUGGCACAGGGGAUGAUUCAAAUGCACCUAUAUGCCUACAGCUUUGUCAACCACAGCAAGAAGACAGAGAAACAACAGGAAGAGCAACAAAAAUAAGAAGACUAGAACUUGCCUAGUGAAGAAGAUCCAUCCGCAAUGUUCUCGCACAGCAUCAACAUAGUUUCGAAGUCCAUGGAGCUCUUCCUUUCAUAGUUGAAUAUGUGAAACAUGAAAUGUGUACGUGAUAACCAAAGGAACAAUGAUUGUUAUUGUUUACAGUGAUUAAGAAAUUAGCUAGCUAUGCAAAAUCCUUAUAAAAUGUAAUAAAGAUGCAAAUACCAAGUGGAAGUGCCAAGUAUUAUCGUAACUAUUAGUUAACAAUAUUUACUCUAGAACCUUACUCAACUAAUUCACAAACCUAAUAAUUUGGGUCUUCUGUUUCAGUAGGAAGGACUGUAAAAUACAUACAAG